AUGCUGACUUCCGGGUUAGAGGUCAAAUUUGCACCAGUUCCCGCCUCCUGAACUUGCAUGCACCAAGUUACAUUGUGCUCAAUGUUAGCAGCGUGUUCACAAGUACGUGACUUAAUAGAGCAUCCAUUGUUUCUAGCGACAUCAACUAUUAACUGAACCAUGGGAGAACCAGAAAGGAUAUGGACCGAGGAGCAAUUGCUGUCGGACGAUGUCGGCAAGAAAGAUCUGAUCAAAUUUCUGCAGGACCAUGCUUCCAAGGAGUUCCUUGCAAGCCACAAGCUGUUGGGCAGCGCCAAGAACGUUGCCAAGACGAGUAAGAAGGAAAACCUGGUGGAGUCCUACAAUCAGAUGUUUGACACCAAGGCAUUCAAAGAUGCUGCACAGGACAAGGAGUUUGACGACAUGACAGCAAAGGCUAAAGAACUCAAGAUGACUGAGAAGCCACAAGAAGAAGAGGAGGAAGUGGCUGCGGAGGCCCCCAAGUACACCAAACAGACACUGAAGAAGGGUGAUGGGAAGAACUUCCCCAGUAAGGGAGACCUGGUGUCCUGCUGGUACAAGGGCAUGCUGGAGGAUGGGACUGUGUUCGACACCAACAUCUCCGAUGGGAGCAAGAAGAAGAAGGCCACUCCCCUGAAGUUCAAGGUUGGAACUGGCAGAGUUAUCAGAGGGUGGGAUGAAGGACUGAUGACCAUGACUAAGGGGGAGAAAGCCAAGCUUGUCAUCGAGCCAGACUGGGCUUACGGUAGGAAGGGGCUGGAUAAGAAAAUCCCCCCACAUGCAACAUUAACCUUUGAGGUUGAGCUGGAGAACAUAGAGUGACCAGGCCAGAGGUCAUCCAGGGGUUAAAGUGCACAGCACCUAUAUUACUAGUAGCUAAAGCAAGCCUCCUGCCAUGCAUGGAGGGCAGGGGCACCUGGAAGGC